AUGGGUUGGAUCUUCAAAAUCAACCAGUUUUUUGACUAUCAUCAAACCCCUGAUGAGGAACGUCUCACUGUUGCAUCCUUUUACAUGGAAGGUCCUGCACUAAGCUGGUACCAAUACAUGUUCCGCAACGGCCUCGUCACCACCUGGUUUGAACUAUUGCAGUCCCUUGAAACUCGUUUUGCCCCUAGCUACUACGACGAUCCCAGCCAAACUCUUUUCAAACUCACCCAACGAGGCACCCUCAACCAGUACCUUACAGACUUUGAACUACAAGCAUUACAAUCCCACAAUCUCUCCCAAGCCACCGCUUUAGCCAAGAUUCAGGAAGAUAAGAUCGAUGAACGCCGCCGCGGCUUCAAACCCAAACCUGCUGUGCACAACGCCCAAUCUUCCACCGCCCUUACAACCACCACCCCGCAACCCACCACCACCACCACCCAACCACGUUUGCAGUACCGCAAAUUUUCCUCAGAGGAGAUGGUUUCCCGCCGUGAAAAAGGCCUCUGCUACAAUUGCGAAGAGACUUUUAUUCCCGGACACAAAUGUAAAGGACGCUUCUUCCUUCUUGUCUCCGACGACUCUGACACCGAACCACCAGAUCCCAUUCAAACCCUAACUCCACAAAUUGAGCUAGCUUCUCAUUCCACCACCGAUUCCCAAUCGGAUGGACAAAUUAGUUUUCACGCGCUCUCCGGCUCCUCUGCUACAGCCACAAUCCGCAUCAUUGGACAAAUCGUGAAUCAGGCUGUUACAGUGCUCAUUGACGGCGGAAGUACUCACAACUUCAUCCAGAGUCGUGUUGCGAAAUUUCUGAAUUUACCAUCUUCCCUUGUUAACACUCUUAAGGUCAUGGUUGGCAACGGUCACCUCUUGGAAUGUCAAAAACUUUGUGCUAACGUGGCGUUGACUCUCCAAUCACACCCAUUCACCGUCGAUUUCUAUGUCCUUCCUCUUAGUGGGGCGGAUGUUGUUCUUGGGGCCCCAUGGCUCAAGUCCUUGGGCCCAGUUAUUAUGGACUAUUCAGCUUUCACCCUCUCUUUCACUUUCAACACCCACCAAAUCACCCUCAAAGCAGAUGCCAACAUUGGCCCAACAUCAAUUUCGGCCCAACAACUUAAGCGUUGCGUCCAGACCAACUCAGCUUCUGAGUUUUUUCAUAUCCAAAUACUCCAACCCAAUCCUCUACCCGACCCACACCAUAUCCCUGUUAUCACCAAACUAAUUACCCAAAACUCUUCAAUCUUUGACCCUAAUCCUAUGCUUCCCCCACCGCGCAAUUCUGACCACCAUAUCACUCUCCAACCAUCUUCCUCCCCCGUAUCAGUCAAACCCUACCGUUAUCCCUUUUCACAAAAAAAUGAAAUAGAAAAACAAGUCACCGAGAUGUUACAACACCAACUCAUACGCCCCAGCCACAGCCCCUUCUCUUCUCCAGUUCUUCUUGUUAAGAAGAAAGACGGAACAUGGCGAUUCUGCGUAGACUACAGAGCUCUUAACGCAAUCACCAUACGCGACCGCUUCCCAAUGCCCACCAUAGAUGAACUGCUUGACGAAUUAGGUGGUGCUUCAUGGUUUUCUAAACUCGAUUUACGGUAA